CUCUCUCUCUCUCACUCUCUCUCUCUCUCUGGGCUUUUUCACAGAAAACACUGAACUGGGGCUGAAACUGAAACAGGGCAAGACUCGUAAAGAAAAAAAAAAAGGAGUGCAGCUUCUUGCUCUCCUUCUUUCUCACAAUUUCCUGUUUAAGGAGGCCAUUUUGUAACUUAGCCGGCGGGGGAAGAGCACAACAAAAGUUUGGCAUUUGUUUUUGUGUUCUCUCCCACGCCCCGGGGAGUUCCACAGUCAUAUAUUUGGACUUUCUCCUCUGCAGAGCAGCUUCUUCUGGACGAGGAGGGAAGGAGAGGGAAGGAGGUGGGGGAGGACGAGCAGCAGGAGGGUUGGUUUUUCUCCCUCAGUGUGUGUUUUCUUUCGAGUCUCUCACACACUCUGCUCAUGCCUGUCAUGCCUGGGCAGUAACAGAGGUCUGACAACGAGAAAGAGAGAGAGAGAGAGAGCGUCAGAGGAGGAAAAACCACUGCUUCCUGGAUAAGGAUUUCUUCCUUAAUCCACUGGGAGGGGGUGGACACAGGACACAGAGGAACCAGGACUCUACUCGGUGUGUGUGUGUGUGUGUGUGUGUGUGUGUGUGUGUGUGUGUGUGUGUGUGUGUGUGUGUGUGUGUGUGUGUGUCUUCAUGUUUCAGUGUGUGCCCCUCUCUCCUCCACUGAGACAGUUUGAAUGAGUGUGCGCUCUCUGGGAACUCCAGACUGCAGCUGGGCGUGUUUGUGAGAGUGUGUGCUGAGAGGCAGCCAGCAGACAGGACCCUUGAUGGCUAACGCGAGCCCAUGUAUGCCCUCAGGGGCCAUGGCCCAGGUCUUCUUUCCUCCGGGGGGCUCCUCGCCACCAGGCCCAGCCAUGAUACAGCAGACCCCCAUGCCCAUGCCCUCGAUUCCCGCUCAGGGUGGAUUUCCUGUGAUGGAGCUGACAGCAUGGCAGGGUCCUGGUGCGGCUGCGAUGCCCCCAGUGCCUCCCAUUCCAGCGGGGGUGUCCUUCAUCAUCCAGAUCGGCCUGACCAGAGAAUCUGUCCUGAUGCCCCAAACUUCCGACCUGGCCUAUGUCAAACAAAUCGCCUGCUCCAUUGUUGACACCAAGUUCCCAGAGUGUGGAUUCUAUGGCAUUUACGACAAGAUCUUGCUGUUCAAACAUGACACAGCCACCAACAACAUCCUGCAACUGGUUAAAGCUGCUGGUGACAUUCAGGAAGGAGAUCUGGUGGAGGUGGUGCUCUCUGCGGCAGCCACAUUUGAAGAUUUCCAAAUUCGGCCCCACGCGCUCAACGUGCACUCAUACCGGGCCCCGGCCUUCUGCGACCACUGCGGGGAGAUGCUGUUCGGUCUGGUCAGACAGGGGCUCAAAUGUGACGGCUGCGGACUGAACUACCACAAACGCUGUGCCUUCAGCAUCCCGAACAACUGCAGCGGGGCUCGCAAACGCCGCCUGUCCACCACCUCGCUGAGCAGCAGCCAGUCCCUGCGGCUCUCCACCACCGACUCGGUGUACAGCUCGGGGACGGCCUCCACCUGCACGGAGGAAGCCACGCUCAUCCGCUCACACACACAGAUGCCGCGGACUCCUAGUGAAGCCCGGCGCUUCUACACGGGCCGGCCCGUUCACCUGGACAAGAUCCUGAUGAGCAAGGUGAAGGUGCCCCACACGUUCGCCGUCCACUCGUACACGCGGCCGACCGUGUGCCAGUACUGCAAGAGGCUUCUCCGGGGACUGUUCAGGCAGGGCUUACAGUGCAAAGACUGCAAGUUCAACUGCCAUAAACGUUGCGCGUACAAGGUUCCAAAUGACUGCCUCGGGGAGACUAUCGGAGACAACAGAAGCAACUGUGACAUGUUGAGUCCCAGUGCCGACCCUGAGGUGCCCAUGGACUACACCAGUGACUACGACACCUCAGACAAGUCUUCAAUGGAUGACUCAGACGAGGCCUGCAGCAUCCCGGGGUCCUUUUCUCCUGAGAACAACCAGGACGGAGCCAGCGGCGAUCAGAGUGUUUACAUCCCGUUAAUGAGGGUGGUACAGUCGGUGAGACAGACGACCCGUCGAUCCAGUACGUCGAUCAAAGAAGGAUGGAUGGUUCACUACAGCAAUAAGGACACACUGAGAAAGAGGCACUACUGGCGUCUGGACUGCAAGUGCGUCAUACUGUUCCAGAACAACACCUCCAACAAAUACUACAAGGAGAUCCCUCUGUCUGAGAUCCUGGAGGUUCGUCCCGCUGGUAACUUCACCCUUGUGCCCCCAGGCACGAAUCAGCACUGCCUCGAGCUCAUCACAGGCACUAUGUGCUAUUUCGUAGGGGAGGACCCCAACACCCUCCCCGCCGUGCUACCCAGCAACCCCCAGACUCUCCCCCACACCCCUCCCUCACCCAGCCAAGUGGCGCCCAAUAGCGGCAUUGGUCUUGAGGUGGCCAAGGCGUGGGAGAGCGCCAUUCGCCAGGCCCUCAUGCCUGUCAUCUUUCAGGACGCGCCGCCGGCUGAGGGGAACACAACUCAUAGACAAGCCUCUAUCAGCAUAUCAGUGUCCAACAGUCAAAUCCAAGAGAACGUGGAUAUUGGAACAGUGUACCAGAUUUUUGCUGAUGAAGUGCUGGGAUCUGGGCAAUUUGGAGUAGUGUAUGGAGGAAAACAAAGGAAGACGGGGCGGGACGUAGCGGUCAAGGUCAUCGACAAACUUCGCUUUCCCACCAAGCAGGAGAGCCAGCUGAGGAACGAGGUGGCCAUACUGCAGAGUUUGCGUCACCUUGGCAUCGUGAACCUGGAGUGCAUGUUCGAGACCCCGGAGAAAGUGUUUGUGGUGAUGGAGAAGCUCCACGGUGACAUGCUGGAGAUGAUCCUCUCCAGUGAGAAGGGCCGACUGCCUGAGAGGCUCACCAAGUUCCUCAUCACACAGAUUCUCGCAGCUCUGCGUCAUCUGCACUUUAAAAACAUCGUUCACUGUGAUCUGAAACCAGAGAAUGUGCUGCUUGCCUCCGCUGAUCCCUUCCCCCAGGUGAAGCUGUGUGACUUUGGCUUUGCCCGCAUCAUCGGUGAGAAGUCUUUUCGUCGCUCGGUGGUUGGCACCCCAGCGUACCUGGCCCCCGAGGUGCUGCUGAACCAGGGCUACAACCGCUCACUGGACAUGUGGUCGGUGGGCGUCAUUAUGUACGUCAGCCUGAGCGGAACAUUCCCGUUUAAUGAGGAUGAAGAAAUCAAAGAUCAGAUCCACAACGCAGCCUUCAUGUACCCGCCUAACCCCUGGAAGCAGAUCUCUAGUGAUGCAAUCGACCUGAUCAACAAUCUGCUGCAAGUUAAGAUGAGGAAACGCUAUAGUGUGGACAAGAGUCUCAGUCACGUGUACUUACAGGACUAUCAGGCGUGGCUGGACCUGCGGGAACUGGAGACGAAACUUGGCGAGCGGUACAUCACCCACGAGAGUGACGACAGCCGCUGGCAGAUGUUUGCCCGCGAGCACACUCUGCCGUACCCGGCUCACCUCGUGCCCCCUCCUCCCGUGCCGGGCUCUGACGAUGACGAGGGCGGAGAGGAUGCGGAUGUGCAAGGCCUCACGGAGAGGGUCAGCAUCCUCUGACGAGAGACACAGAUGACUCAACAUCGUUUAGGAAGGGAGAGGGAGAAGGAGAUGUUUAACCUUGAGACAUUAAGUUGCAAAGAAACAUGUGGUUCCAGCUGUUUGGUCUUUCACAGCACAGCGUCUGCUGUGUGCCAGCAAUUUUACAGCAAUAAAUCCAAUUUCUCCCCUCCAGACUGAGUUCAUCUAAACUCCCCUCCGAUCACUUACCUCUGCUGUGAUUGGUUCUCUUUAAUCUUCUGAAAUGUUGGACUCUUUCAUAUUGAAAACUGCUCAACUCUAUAAAACGAUGACCUGGGGAGUCUUUGCAGAUGUAAUUGGUGUCAAAACGUUGAAUCCUAAUUUGCCACACAACUUCAAAACAAAAUCUAAUUGCUCUUCUAUUCGCUCAACACAAUGCUUCUUUCACAGUAAAGCAGGAAAUACUUUCCCCACGAGUGAUCAAGAGAAGAAUCUGCUGUGGUUUUUUUAAAAGGUAUUUUUAUAAACGAAUGUGAGUUUAUAUUUACAACGAAACUGCCUAAAAGAAGUCGAUUUGUAUUUAGCAUCAUUCAAUUAGACUGACUGGACUCUCACUCCAUCCUAUGUCUUAAUUAAAAAUGGAUUCAAUCUCUUUUCAGCGGCGGAGCACUUUAAUGUGACAAAAGACUUCCUGGUAUAAUCACUAAUGUGCCAGUGUGGCGUCAAACCCAGCCGUACUCACAAAUGCAUUUAUCAUAAAUUCAUGUGCUGUAGUGAAAACUGAAAGCAUUGAUCCUGCGACGGGAAAUCCUCCAGUAAUUAGCACUUGAGUUCUGAACCACAAUUGGCUAAAAGAAAAUGUACGUGGUUAAAGAGGCAUUGUGGGUUUUAAUGAACUCGAGCACCGGGGCUGUUUGUUACCUGACGUGACUCGACAGCUUUCUGACCGAUGUCUCUAUCUGCAGCUAACAUAUUGUACGGAAUUAACCUCAUGGCUGUUCCUGAAAUGUAAAACCUGCUUCCCCUGUGCUGAGUCGCCCACUUUCACACCAUCUCUGAAGUCAAGAAGUUGUGUAUUCCAGUGGCGAAUGACGCGUCCUUAAAGUUGCCUGUACAUAAGAUUCACAUAGUGUCCAUGAUGAGAAGAUUCUAUGUAGUUCAAUUAUCGGCUACCUGUCACGUUGCAUGUUUCUGUCAAGUAGAGUUAUUUAGAUACAAUUUAAAACAUACUGUAGUUAUGAUGGUCUAUUAUACGCAUGUGUAACCUGAACUUGAUGUAGCUGUCAAAUAUGUGUAGACUGUGUUUAACAUGUUUGAAUGUUGAUCCUAGCCUUUGUAACAUAUAAUACAAACAUUGAACAAUAUUUUGACUUUCGUCUCGGAGGUUUUACUUAUUGUAAUGUUCGGCAUUCUCAAGAUAAAACACACAGAACUGGGA